UUCUAUUACAGGACUACAUUUCCCAUGAGCACUCGCGCGGAUCGUCAAUAAGCUGCUGUCAUUUAGGCGACGGACGAAAAGCGUGCGGACGCAAAAACCUGCUGGAACUGAAGAAGUUGAGACGCUUUACCAUGUUAACGCUGACGUUAAGACAACUAAUCAGGCCGUUGGUCCGGAGUGUUCCCGUCACCGCCAGAUCCCAGCAUUCAGCGGCGGCGUUUGCCGAUGAUGAGCGCCCGUGGACGGGGCAGGAGAGCCUGGCUCAGGACGACCCGGAGAUGUGGGACCUUCUGCAGAAGGAGAAGGACAGACAGAGCCGCGGACUGGAGCUCAUCGCUUCAGAGAACUUCUGCAGUCGAGCAGCUCUCGAGGCUCAAGGUUCGUGUCUCAACAACAAGUACUCUGAAGGAUACCCGGGAAAAAGGUAUUACGGCGGUGCUGAGGUGGUGGAUCAGAUCGAGCUCUUGUGCCAGAAGAGGGCGCUGGAGGCGUUUGACCUCGACCCGGCGCUGUGGGGCGUCAACGUUCAGCCCUACUCCGGAUCUCCGGCGAACUUCGCCGCUUACACAGCCGUCCUGAACCCUCACGACCGCAUCAUGGGUCUGGACCUGCCCGACGGGGGACAUCUCACUCAUGGCUACAUGUCUGACGUCAAGCGGAUCUCGGCCACGUCCAUCUACUUUGAGUCGAUGCCCUACAAACUCAACCCUAAAUCAGGUCUGAUCGACUAUGAUCAGAUGGAGCUGACGGCUCGACUCUUCCGACCCAAACUCAUCAUCGCCGGAACCAGCGCUUACGCUCGCCUCAUCGACUACAGCCGCAUCAAGAAGUUGUGUACCGAGCUGAACGCGUACAUGCUGGCGGACAUGGCUCACAUCAGCGGGCUGGUGGCCGGGAAAGCCGUUCCCUCGCCGUUCGAACACGCCGACCUCGUCACUUCAACCACCCACAAAUCACUGCGAGGAUCCAGGGCGGGGCUUAUAUUCUACCGUAAGGGCGUGCGCUCGCUGGAUAAGAAGGGCAAAGAGGUCAUGUACGACCUGGAGGAGAAGGUCAACUUCUCCGUGUUCCCUUCGCUUCAGGGCGGCCCGCACAAUCACGCCAUCGCUGGCGUCGCUGUGGCUCUCAAACAGGCCACGACGCCCAUGUUUCGCGAGUACAUCGCUCAGGUUCUGAAGAACUCCAAGGCCAUGGCCGACGCGCUGCUGAAGAAGGGCUACACGCUCGUCUCCGGAGGAACCGAUAAUCAUCUGGUUCUGGUGGAUCUGAGGCCUCAGGGAAUGGACGGAGCGCGUGCAGAACGAGUUCUGGAGCUGGUGUCCAUCACGGCCAACAAGAACACGUGUCCCGGCGACAAGAGCGCGCUCACACCCGGCGGCCUGCGGCUCGGAACCCCUGCGCUCACGUCCCGCCGGUUCAAGGAAUCAGACUUCCAGCAGGUGGUGGAUUUCAUAGAUCAGGGCAUCAAGAUCGCUCUGGACGUGAAGACCAAGACCAAAAAACUGGCCGAUUUCAAGAGUUUCCUGCUGGAAGAUGCAGAGACGGCGUCUCGUAUCGCUGACCUGCGUCUGCGCGUGGAGGCUUUCGCCCGUCCAUUCCCGAUGCCUGGAUUCCACGACCAUUAAAGCGGGAGAUCUGGGUAACGAGGGAGCGGAUCACACACGCUGCCGGCUCUUUCCCGUGACCACACACUCACGAAGAGUCUUAAUUUUCUUUUAUUUUUUUUUGUUUAGCUUUACGAUCAAUCACUACUUUAUUAAUCAUUUACUGGAACUAAAGUCUUAAAGUGACCAGUACUGCACGUAGGUAACGUCCCAAUCCCAUCAAACUGACUUGAACAUGGAAGAACAAAACACACUGGACAGUAUUUGACAGGAGAUUCGGUAACAUUAGUGGCGUGUGUUUGUUUGAUUCAGACGCCAGCGCUGUGGAUGAUUUAUUCCUUCUGGGUGAUGUUCGGGACGCAACUAACAUCUUUAUCUUCCAUAUUGAGUGAGAAACAAACGUUUCUAUGACAGACUAGUGAUGCUAAAUGUUUACAGACUGUGAUUCUCAUUUUCUGUUCUUCCUUAAAAGCUCAGAACAGUUUUUCUACUCGAGUCUUAGUAGUUGUUCUCCUUUGAUAAUUGAAGCUGUUUUGUAAAUGUACAGUAGUGUAUGUAAGGACUGUAAACGUCUCGUCUUUACGUUGCUGGAGUUUGUAUUUGUCGGCUCUCAUCUGGAGUGAUUCUGUUCUUUGCUCUGGAGCGUUUACGGCACGGUUGUAAACAGAUGUACUGAUAUUGAUAAAUACUUUCAUGUUGCACACGUCUACAAUCCUCCACCUUCAUUCUCCUGGAUUCUGCCUGACAAAACACCUUUUUAUCACAAAAUGAUUCUUUUUAAAUGGACAGAUCUUUACAAAUAAUUUUCUAAAAAUGUCUAAUCCCAAUAAAAUCAUACCGUAGGAAAAUGCAA